AUGGCCAGUCAAUUCGAAAACACCGCGAAAAAACCCGGGUCCAACGAAGCGAACAAGUCACGAAAGAAAAAAGGUUACGAGAUGAAGGAAGAAGAAAAGCGAAUGGAAGAGAAGGGAGAGGUCGAGACCACCACGUCCAAAAUCGAUCCCCCGUCCAGAAUGGAACGAACGAAGACCCACGGAGAGGGAGGUGACGAGAGAGAAAUAGAAGAGUGA